GAAGAAAAUAGCCGAAGAAGAAAAUGACCCGGAAAUAGGUUUUUUUUUUUUUUGGUUUUUAGCAGUCGGCGCGGGAAACGAGUUAGUGGUUUACAGGGUAUCACGGCCAUGGCACCCACACAGCAACAUGCGACCAAGUCCAUCUCCCGAGUCCUCUUUCUGACUGUGGAUGGUGAGCCCAUGUGUUUUUUCCUGCGACCAGGUCCCGUCAAACGCCAGCUCCACCCGGUCAUCACAGCUGGAGGAGGCCUGCUGUGCAGCGUUCAGCAGCCAGGGGCCAUCCUGCUGAUUGAUCCGGAGGAACGAGGCUCUGUUCCUACAUCUGCAGCUCACUGGUAUGUAUCCACCCAAUAUAUUCAUGACUGCAUUGAGAAGGAAGAACAGCUGAAUUUAGAGGACUACAGGUUAAAUCCCGAAGAGGUCCAGAAACAUUCAACAUCACCACCGAAGAGAGGCAAAGAAGGCUCCGCUCUGUUCUCGGGAGGAAGGAAUGCCUACACCUCUGAAGAUGAUGCUGCAAUUUUGAAUUAUGUCAGCACACGGAGGGCAGAGACGGGAGGGAACCAACUUUGGCAGGAAAUGGAGAAACAACAUGUGACCAGUCACACCUGGCAGUCAAUGAAAUUCAGAUACAAAAAACAACUCGCCAAGAAACAGCAAGGGGUGUUGGAAGUGAAAACAACAGGAAAAGACAACGUGGCAGCAAAGGAAAAGACUGGGGUGGAAGGAAAACAGUUAAUUGAAGUUCAAAAAGCUUCUGGCAAAGCAGAUGUUGCUCCUCCUCAUACACAUCCAGAGGAAUCAGACUCAACACAGAUCGAUGUCCAGUCCAUACCAACUGAUGUACCACUUGAAGAUGUAGACUGUGAAACAUCCAUCUCUCUUGAAGAGGAAGCUCAACAUAUCAAUGGGCAGACAGAUGGACAGCAAGGUGGAAGAACACAUUUAAAAACUGUUGAAUCUGAAACGCCUCACAUAGAGCUACAGAUGGAUAUUGAGCCCAGUUCAGCUGAGAGCAGCGAAGCAGAAAGACCUCAAAUAACCAUCUCUCCACAAAAACAAGGUUUCCCAGAGAACUACCCUCCAGCUGAGCCUGAGUCCUCCCCCAAAACUACAACUUCUUCAAAAAAACUAAAAGACAAGCAGACGGCGUCCCCUGUGCUGGCAAAACCAUCCCGUCCGAUAACACGCAGUCAGUUUGACCUUGAGGCUUAUGGAAAAAAACUCAGAUCCCACCCAGGCGGCGCCAAUCAACCCACAUCAUCUACCCGGUCGUCAAAAAAAACCAAAUCAGCAGUGAAAUCUGCUCUUGUGAAAGACGCCUUGGCAGACCAGCCACCUUCCAAGAGAAUCAGAGCAACAAGUAUGGCAGAGAGCCAACCGGAGACGAGCGGACACAAUGGCAGCUCUAACACGGAACGAGACGAUGAAUGCCAUUCAGUGGUCCAGGAAGCAGCAAAGAAAAAAGAAAAGAGACAACUGGGAAUUCUUGAAAUGGCAACCAAAGAGUUUGAAGAUGAAUCGGAGUGUAAUGAAAGGGAAUCUCAAGAGCUCCAUAAUCAAGCGAAGACAGCAGCUACAUCUGCAGAGCUCCUCCCGUCGACUUCAGACGCCCCUGCGGAUCCUGCCCCCGCAGAGCUCAACCCUGAAAGAGGACCCGGCUUUAAUGAGGCCGUGCAGGAGACUCGGGCCUCGAGCGAGCCCUGCGUGCCAGACGCCGGCCUCCCUGACGCCGGGGCGGCUGGGCCAGCUGCGCCCGAGGCAGGCGCUGCAGUCUCUCAGGCUCACCUGUUCAUAUUCGACAGUGAAUCCCAGGAAGAUGACUUCAAGUCUGUUUACGGUGAUGGUUUAGCAGCCCCCUCCGACCCACAACCCACACAGAAGAAGGACACGGCACUUUCUCUGACUCAGGUGCAGUUAGAGGAGGACCAGCAGCGGCUCAAGGAGCUCAUGAACCAGACACACCAGGACGUGAUUAGUGUAACCAAAGCGUUGUUGAAGACCAGUGGAGACUUCUCUGCCGCCCUGAACCUCCUUUUGAAUCCCUCUGUUUCUGCACCACUUUGGAAUCGCCAUGACGACGGUCUUUUGCUCUCAGCUGAUCCAGCAGUCCGCAAGCAGUUGCAGGAGAAAUACGGUGAGGAGAAUCUGGCCAAGAGAAUAGUCUUCCUUGAGGUGGAGGGAUGAAAAUGAAAGAGGGCACAGGCAGAAGGAGGGAGCCUGGAUGUGAGCACGCCUCUUCUACUCCACACCAACUUGGCGCGACAAACAAACUGCUGUUGCUCCAUCACAACUCUCUUCCAUGAAAGCUAAAUAUCCAAAUGCUUCGUUCUUUAUUGUUGCUCUUAUUGAAUAAUUUUGAUCAGAAUUAAGCUUAUUGUGGUUUCAAAAUGAUUGGAUCCUUUUUCAGUUUUGUUUUGGGGAACAAAUCUUUUAUGAGUUUUUAAAAUAUGAAAUUUUAUGUAUUUUUUAUA